UGACGAGCAGUAGGAUAACAUGGAGUCGGGCAAGAUGGCGCCUCCCAAGAACGCUCCGAGAGAUGCAUUGGUGAUGGCACAGAUCCUGAAGGAUAUGGGAAUUACGGAGUACGAACCAAGGGUUAUAAAUCAAAUGUUGGAAUUUGCUUUCCGAUAUGUGACUUCAAUUCUGGAUGAUGCAAAAAUUUAUUCAAGCCAUGCUAAGAAACCUAAUGUUGAUGCAGAUGAUGUGAGACUGGCAAUCCAGUGUCGGGCUGACCAAUCUUUUACCUCUCCUCCCCCGAGAGAUUUUUUACUGGAUAUUGCAAGGCAGAAAAAUCAAACCCCUUUACCACUGAUUAAGCCAUAUGCAGGACCCAGACUGCCACCUGACAGAUACUGCUUAACAGCUCCAAACUAUAGGCUAAAGUCCUUAAUUAAAAAGGGACCUAACCAAGGAAGACUAGUUCCACGGUUAAGUGUUGGUGCUGUUAGUAGCAGACCUACCACUCCUACUAUAGCAACCCCACAAACAGUGUCUGUCCCAAAUAAAGCUGCACCUCCAGUGUCAGUGACAAGCCAAAGAUUUACAGUGCAGAUUCCACCUUCUCAGUCCACACCUGUCAAACCAGUUCCUGCAACAACUGCAGUUCAAAAUGUUCUGCUUAAUCCUUCAAUGAUUGGGCCCAAAAAUAUUCUUAUUACCACCAACAUGGUUUCAUCACAGAACACGGCCAAUGAAUCAAACCCAUUGAAGAGAAAACAUGAAGAUGAUGACAAUGAUACUAUGUAAGGAAUAUAGUGUAGUCUCUAUGCAUUUCAAACGUGUAGUUGGUUUUGAGCCCAGUAUACCAAACUAGAACAUUCUUGAUCGAAAACUUAAAUGUAGCUGCAAUAUCUUUCACCUUAAAGUGUUAUAUUUAUUUCUUAAGGGUACCAAUGUUUUUUCAUUAGGCUUCAAGUAUAAAAAGUUAAGUGCUUGUUUUUUAAUGGUUUCAUUAAUGUUGAGUCCUGCUGCGGUAAUUCUAUUUUUGGAAGCAGUUUUCUGCAAUGUAUCUGACAGCAACACUUAAGUUUCACUUUCUACAGCCUGAUCAGUGGACUAAUCUUUAACAGCCUAAUUUCUAAUCUAUAUUUAAAUACUUCUUUUGUAAGAUAAAAUAGUCACUUUUAUUGUCACCAACUUUUUUGACCAGAUCUCUCAAUUUAGCAAAUAUUUUUGGAGAGGUUGGAUUUAGAGGGAUUCUAAAUCCAUUCUGAAUAUAUUUAAGCUGUUUCUUGAUGUUCCCUAACCUCCCACCUCCUCAGCCCCAUUUCUAGAUCCCAUUCAUUUUCUGCACCACCUCCUCCCCACAGGCUUAGGUUUCUCCCUAUUGCUCUUAAAUUUAAAAGGCCAAAACUGGAACUUUAGGAAUAUAAUUCCUGAUAAUACAGCUCAGUGUCAUUUUCAUAUUUUUAAAACCUGCUUUACAUGCCUGAUGGUCUAUGGUUCACUUUAACCAGAAGGUUUGCAUUUGCUGCUUUUCUCUCCAUACCAGAGCAGUUGGGUUUUAUCCCUUGCCUUUUAUGCCCAUUGAGCAUUACUCUGCUUUUGACAGGUAGUUUGGGGUCAGUUACAUUCAGUUUCAGUCUUAUAUUCCAAGUUGAUAACUCCACCGUAUUUCACAAUUUGAAAUUUAACACGAAAGAUGCUAUAGCUUAAAAUCUGCCUUGAUAAGUAUACUUACACUGGACCUAGGCAAACCCACUGAAGAGCAAGUGUUUUCUUCCUUUUUACCAUACAUAUAUAUGCUUUGAUCACUACUGCUUGAACCCCCCUAUUGGUAUAAUUCAGAUUUUUCCAGCUUAUUGCUGAGGAUGUCACACAUAAGAUAGGAUCAAACCUGAAAGUUUUCUAAUGGUUUUCCUUCCUCUAGAAGGCCAACACAAACAAAUUAGUGUGAUGUGACUUGCGUUUAGGUGCACUCUGCAUAGGCUUCCCAGUAAUGUUGCUAAACACCUUUCCCUAUUUUCCAUUUAUACACAUCUAAACAUCUUAUUGAGAAAGACUGCAAAGCUUUCAAAAAUAUAAACAGGCUUGUGUUGUUUUUGUUUAAGUAAGUUUGACAUAUUCAACAUAGGAAUACUUUUGCAGAAUUUCUAAAAUAAAUUUUUAUAUCAUAAUUUAGAACUUAUAGCCAAGGAUCCUCAAAACUUAAAACACAAGUAAGUUUUAUCUUAGGAUGGUGCUUGAUACAUCAAAGAGAAAUAGUCCAGUAACAGGGAAGAAAUAUCUCAUCAAAACUGUGAUUCAGUGUUUUUGGAUAUUAGGAAAAGGUGAUAUCAGACUUAUAAAAAUAGAUCUGAUCAUCAUAGGAGAGAAAUGUUCAUUAUAUAGCAUAGGAUGCCAUUACUUGAAUGUUCUCAGGGAGGCAUGUCAAAAGGCCUAGGUUCUAGUCCUGGCUCCAUCGCUAACCAACUGUGUGACCUUACUUCACCCAUGAGCCUUGUUCUCCUCACUAGUAAUAGGAAGAUAACACCAACCCUGCCUACCUCACAGGGAUGUUGUGAGGGUUUAAUUGGUAUAUGUGAAAGUUCUUUCAAAAUUGUAAAAAUGCUGUAUAACUCUAAGGAAUUGUUAACGUAUUUGUUCCAAGAUUAUUAAUAAAAAA